AUGGGAGAAGGACAUAUACUGAAUGUGUGGAGGGACAAUCUGAAUGCGGAGAUGAGAAGGAUAUCGCAGCUUGUAAGGAGAUAUAGAUAUGUUGGGAUGGACACUGAAUUUCCCGGAGUGGUUGCGAAGCCUGUUGGGUGUUUCAAGUCUCCUUCGUCGUUUGUGUAUCAGCAACUGAGAUGCAAUGUAGAUAUCUUGAAGAUUAUACAGAUUGGGAUUUCGCUAAGCGAUGAGCAGGGCAACAGGCCGCAGCCAACGAAUACAUGGCAGUUUAACUUUGAGUUUAAUCUUGAGACGGAGAUGUAUUCGCAGGAGUCGAUAGAUCUUCUUAUUCAGGCAAGGAUAGACUUCAAGGAACACAGAAGGCGAGGAAUAGGGGUUGAGGAGUUUGGAGAGGCCUUGAUGACAUCUGGGCUUGUGCUGAGCGAGGAGGUGACAUGGAUUUCGUUCCACUCUGCAUUUGACUUUGGAUAUCUUGUUAAGAUCCUGACAUGCAACAUGCUACCUGAGAGAGAAGACGAGUUCUACAGGCUCCUGAAUGCGUUUUUUCCGGACUUCUGCGACAUAAAGUUUCUAGUGCAGAACAGCAAGUACUUGAAGAAGGGCCUACAGGAGAUUUCAAAUGACCUUGGGCUGGUGAGGGAAGGGAUCCAGCAUCAGGCAGGAAGCGAUGCGUUGCUGACGUCUCAUGCGUUUUUUAAGGCAAGGGAGACGCUUUUUAACAAAAGCAUUGGGAAGGAGUUUAUGUGUAAGCUGUUUGGAAUUGAAGUAAAUGAUUUGUUAUGCUUGCUGAGUGGAUUGGUUAAGGAUGUUUUAUUAUAUUUCCAUGCUUUCGUCAUCGGUCAGGCAUGCAUGCGGAUCUGA